GCGGCGGGGCGGCGGGGCUGCGGAGCCGAGCGCGGGAGGUGGAGCCGCGGGCUGCGGGCUCCGGCGCCUGCGUCCCCAGCUCGCCCGGCUCGCCUCCGCCGUGGGCGCCCCGCGGCUGCCUGGCCCUGCGCGGCGACAGGCCCCGGAGAGAAAGCCGAAGGGAGAUGGGGCGCGCAGGCCAGCGCGGGUCCCGCAGGCUCCAGAGCCCCGAGGACUCUCCACUAGGUCCCCGCAGCGCCCCCUUCUUCUCACCCGGGUCGCGGGUCCCUCAGUGAGCGAGAGCCCCCCAAGCGCCUCCCGGCCAUGGCCAACGGAGUGAUCGCGCCGCCCGGGGGCGCCUCCCCCCUCCCCCAGGUCCGGGUGCCCUUGGAGGAGCCCCCUCUGAGUCCAGACGUGGAGGAGGAGGAUGAUGACUUGGGCAAGACCUUGGCUGUGAGCAGGUUUGGGGAUCUCAUCAGCAAGCCCCCCGCCUGGGACCCCGAGAAGCCCAGCCGCAGCUACAGCGAGCGGGACUUUGAGUUUCACCGGCACACCUCCCAUCACACCCACCACCCGCUCUCCGUGCGCCUGCCUCCACCCCACAAGCUGCGGCGAGUGCCCCCCAGCUCUGCCAGGCAAAGCAGGAGGAAGAAGAAGAAGGAGAAAACCUCUGCUGCUCCCUCCGAAGGGACCCCUCCCAUCCAGGAGGAGGGGGGAACCGGGGUGGAGGAGGAAGAGGAAGAGGAGGAGGAAGAGGAAGGGGAAUAUGAGGCCGAGCCUGUGGAGCCUCCACCCUCAGGGUCCCCACAGAAAGCGAAGUUUUCCAUUGGAAGUGACGAGGAUGACAGUCCCGGCCUCCCCGGGAGGGCUGUCUCCACCAAGCCCUUGUCCUCGGGGGACAUUCGCUCGGACAAGAGCCCCCAGCACUCGGUCAGCUCCCCCAGUCCCCGGGCCCGGGCCCCCCGAGUCACAGGAGAGAAGAGCCGGCCCUGGAGCCCAUCGGCCAGCUAUGACCUGCGGGAGCGGCUAUGCCCAGGCAGUGCCCUGGGCAGCCUGGGUGGCCCAGAGCAGCAGGUGCCCACUGACGAGGCGGAGGCCCAGAUGUUGGGCUCUGCAGACCUGGACGACAUGAAGAGCCACCGGCUGGAAGACAACCCUGGCAUGCGGCGGCACCUGGUGAAGAAGCCAUCUCGAACACAGGGCGGGAGGGGCAGCCCCGGUGGCCUGGCCCCCAUCCUGCGCAGGAAGAAGAAGAAGAAGAAGCUAGACCGGAGGCCUCAUGAGGUGUUUGUGGAGCUGAACGAGCUGAUGCUGGACCGCAGCCAGGAGCCCCACUGGCGGGAGACGGCACGCUGGAUCAAGUUUGAGGAGGACGUGGAGGAAGAGACAGAGCGCUGGGGGAAGCCCCACGUGGCCUCGCUCUCCUUCCGCAGCCUCCUGGAGCUCAGGAGGACCAUCGCCCAUGGCGCCGCCCUCCUGGACCUGGAGCAGACCACUCUGCCGGGCAUCGCGCAUCUUGUGGUGGAGACCAUGAUUGUGUCUGACCAGAUCCGGCCAGAGGACAGGGCCAGCGUCCUGCGCACCCUGCUACUGAAGCACAGCCACCCCAAUGAUGACAAGGACAGUGGCUUCUUUCCCCGAAACACAUCCAGCUCCAGUGUGAACUCGGUCAUGGGGAAUCACCACCCCACCCCCAGCCAUGGCCCUGAUGGGGCAGUGCCCACCAUGGCCGAUGACCUGGGGGAGCCAGCCCCACUCUGGCCUCACGACCCUGAUGCCAAGGAGAAGCCCCUCCAUAUGUCUGGGGGAGACAGUCACCGGGGGAAAAGCCUGAAGCUGCUGGAGAAGAUCCCCGAAGAUGCUGAGGCCACUGUGGUGCUUGUGGGCUGUGUGCCUUUCUUGGAGCAGCCGGCAGCAGCCUUUGUGCGGUUGAGUGAGGCGGUGCUCCUGGAGUCUGUGCUUGAGGUCCCCGUACCGGUCCGCUUCCUUUUCGUGAUGCUUGGGCCCCGCCACACCAGCACCGACUAUCACGAGCUGGGGCGCUCCAUCGCUACCCUCAUGUCUGACAAGCUGUUUCACGAGGCUGCCUACCAGGCUGAUGACCGGCAGGACCUCCUGAGCGCCAUCAGCGAGUUCCUGGAUGGCAGCAUCGUGAUCCCCCCGUCGGAGGUGGAGGGCCGCGACCUGCUGCGCUCCGUGGCCGCCUUCCAGCGGGAGCUGCUGAGGAAGCGGCGGGAGCGAGAGCAGAACAAAGUGGAGAUGACCACCCGGGGAGGCUACGUGGCUCCUGGGAAAGGGCUGUCGCUGGAAUUGGGGGGCUCUGAGGCGACCCCUGAAGAUGACCCCCUGCGGCGGACCGGCUCGGUGUUUGGGGGACUUGUCCGGGACGUGAAGCGCCGCUACCCGCACUACCCCAGUGACCUGCGGGACGCUCUGCACUACCAGUGUGUGGCCGCCGUGCUCUUCAUCUACUUCGCUGCCCUCAGCCCUGCCAUCACCUUCGGGGGGCUGCUAGGGGAGAAAACCGAAGGGCUGAUGGGAGUGUCUGAGCUGAUCGUGUCCACGGCUGUGCUUGGAGUCCUCUUUUCUCUGCUGGGGGCCCAACCGCUGCUUGUGGUUGGCUUCUCAGGGCCACUGCUGGUCUUCGAAGAAGCCUUCUUCAAGGUGACAGCCCUGUCCUGCUGCUCCCCUGGGAUCACCUGCUCCUCCCCUGGCCCCUCAGCCCAGUUCUGCCAAUCCCAUGACCUGGAGUACCUCACCGGCCGGGUGUGGGUUGGCCUCUGGCUGGUGGUCUUUGUUCUUGCUCUGGUGGCCGCUGAGGGCAGCUUCCUGGUCCGCUACAUCUCGCCUUUCACCCAGGAGAUCUUCGCCUUCCUCAUUUCUUUCAUUUUCAUCUAUGAGACCUUCUACAAACUCUAUAAGGUGUUCACGGAGCACCCACUGCUGCCGUUCUACCCCCCUGAGGGGGCACUGGCGCCUAGGCUGGACCUGAAUGGGAGUGCUCUGCCCGCCACUGAGGGGCCACUAGGCCCGCGGAACCAGCCCAACACGGCCCUGCUGUCCCUCAUCCUCAUGCUUGGGACCUUCCUCAUCGCCUUCUUCCUGCGCAAGUUCAGGAACAGCCGCUUCCUGGGGGGCAAGGCUCGCCGCAUCAUCGGGGAUUUCGGCAUCCCCAUCUCCAUUCUGGUGAUGGUCCUGGUGGAUUACUCCAUUACAGACACCUACACACAGAAGCUGACAGUGCCCACGGGGCUCUCGGUGACCUCCCCCCAUAAGCGCACGUGGUUCAUCCCGCCUCUGGGCAGUGCCCGUCCUUUCCCGCCCUGGAUGAUGGUGGCAGCUGCUGUCCCCGCCCUGCUGGUCCUCAUCCUGAUCUUCAUGGAGACACAGAUCACUGCGCUCAUUGUCAGCCAGAAGGCACGGAGGCUGCUCAAAGGCUCCGGCUUCCACCUGGACCUGCUUCUGAUCGGCUCCCUGGGGGGACUGUGUGGGUUGUUUGGGCUGCCCUGGCUGACGGCUGCCACCGUCCGCUCAGUCACCCAUGUCAAUGCACUGACUGUCAUGCGCACCGCCAUUGCGCCUGGAGACAAACCCCAGAUCCAGGAGGUGCGGGAGCAGCGGGUCACUGGCGUGCUCAUCUCCAGCCUCGUGGGCCUGUCCAUCGUCAUGGGGGCUGUGCUGCGCCAGAUCCCGUUGGCCGUGCUCUUUGGGAUUUUCCUGUACAUGGGGGUCACGUCGCUGUCUGGCAUCCAGCUGUCCCAGCGUCUGUUGCUCAUCUUCAUGCCAGCAAAACACCAUCCCGAGCAGCCCUAUGUGACCAAGGUGAAGACGUGGCGGAUGCACCUGUUCACCUGCAUCCAGCUGGGCUGCAUCGCCCUGCUCUGGGUGGUCAAGUCCACGGCGGCCUCGCUCGCCUUUCCCUUCCUGCUGCUGCUCACGGUGCCUCUGAGGCGUUGCCUUCUGCCCCGGAUUUUCCAGGACAGAGAGCUGCAGGCGGUAAGGGACUGUGCUUGGGGCAGGGCCAGUGUGGAUGGGGCCUGGGUUCCAAUCUCUGCUGCACCGCCUGACAGCUGUGUGCCUGACACAGCUGGACUCGGAAGAUGCUGAACCAAACUUCGACGAGGACGGCCAGGAUGAGUACAACGAGCUGCACAUGCCUGUGUGAUUCUCCGACACGGUGCCCCUGAGAGACCCCGCCAUCUCAGUGACUGAUACCUGGGCCCCUGUCAGAGCCCAGCCCCAGGGCGGGCGGGGGUUCCUCAUGACCCAAAGACGUGCCUGGAACCCCUACUGAUGCCACGGCCAGAGGGGCCCUGACUGUGCCAGAGGCUCUGACCUUAUCUCACCAGGCCCUUUCACAGACGGCACAGGCUUUACCGGCACAGGCUUUGAGCUCAUUAUAACCACACCCCUCGUCUUGUGUCUGCUUCACUUUCUUGGUUCCAUGUCUGGUUUCUCAGGUCACAGUUAUCCAUCUGGAAUUGGAAGAAUUGGGAGAAUUCUAUAUUCAGGGUCAUCAAAACCUGAGGAGAGGUUUGAGGCAAGGACAGAAUUCUUGGGUGAAAGGGAGAGAAUCAAGACCACAGAAGGUCAGAU